AUGCCCCGAUCAGAAUCUUCCACUCCUUCUUCAUUUUCCCAAUCUCAUCAUCACAAGAAACCGUAUGAAAAACCUAUUGGAAGCAGACCCAAGUAUCCCAAAAGGAGAUACUUUGAACGAGAAGAAGAAGAUGAUCAACAGAUAAUCUCCUCCGACUCUUCUUCUUCUUCUUCGGAUGAUUGCAGCUCAGAAUUCAUCCCCGAACUCAAAGUCAAGAAUGAAAGAAGAGAUAUGAAACCUGUGUCAGUAGAAUUAGAGUCAGAUCUAGAAGAUGAUAAAGAGGAUGAAGAGGAUGAAGAUCAUCCAUCGUCAAAGAAGAAGAUUAAAUCAAGCUCAACAAGUACACCCAAAAAGGUUAAAUCAGAGUCACCCAGGAAAUCACCAUAUUCAAAAGCGAUUGGAAGAAGUUGGAUGGCAGAAGAAGAUUGGGUAUUAUUCACUUUACUUCAUCCUAAAAUACAAAAGCCGGAUUGGAAUAACGUCGCGCAGAACAUUGGGAAUGCAAGGGAUUCCAAAUCAUGCCAAAAUCGAUACGCCCUCAUUCAAAAGAAACUCGAAGGCGCCAUUAAAUCAAUCGGAGGUGCUUAA